AUGUCGCGGCUAAGAACCGCAAGUUCCACGGCAGUACAAGCCACGAAGAGAAAGAGAGUAGAAAAGGUCAAGAUUGAAUCAAGUGAAGAAAAUGAGAUUGAAAUAAAAAGGAAAAGUUCUCGGCCCGCGAUCAAGACUGAAACAGCGAUUGAAUUGAACAACGAGGUUACUGGUGUUCUAUCUGACAUAAAGAUUGAGAUCAAACAAGAACCAGCAGAUAUAGCCGAUAAAAAGUCUGACCUGAAAUAUAUUCCCCAUAUCAAGGUAGAAAUUGAAAAAGACACUCCGCCUAACAUCUUUCCAUACAUAGAAAAGCAACAUCAUGAUCUACCCAAGGCUCCCAAGAAUUGGUACAAGAUAUACAACGAGAUCGUUACCAUGAGGAGUAAGAUAUCAACCCCCGUAGACACACAGGGCUGUGAACGAAUGCCCAACUCCAUUAACCCUAACGUAAGAACCAGAAACCCACGAAUUUACCGAUUUCAACUCUUGAUUUCACUCAUGCUCUCUUCACAGACUAAAGAUGAAGUCAACUACUUGGCCAUGAAAACCAUGCACGAAGGCUUAUUGGCGAAUGGAUACAAAGAUGGAUUAUGUAUUGAAGCAUUAUUAGAGCUCACAGAAAAAGAGUUAGACGAUUACAUUUGCAAAGUAGGUUUUCACAACCGUAAAGCUGGCUACAUCAAGAGAGCCUGUGAGAUGCUCAGAGACAAUUUUCAAUCAGAUAUCCCCAGUACCAUCGAAGAUGUUGUCACCUUACCUGGGGUAGGUCCAAAAAUGGGCUAUUUGCUUUUGCAGAAUGCCUGGGGAAUCAAUAGUGGCAUUGGAGUGGAUGUUCAUCUCCACCGUUUAGCCCAGAUGUGGUCUUGGACUUCCAAGAAUGCGAAGACUCCUGAACAUACGAGAGUGGAAUUGGAAGACUGGUUACCACCUAAGUAUUGGGCCGAUAUAAAUCCACUAUUGGUAGGUUUUGGCCAGACAAUAUGUGUUCCAAGAGCGCCCAACUGUGAUAUCUGCACGCUAGCUACAACUGGUUUGUGCAAGGCGUCCAAAAAAAGUCUUCUCAAGACUCCCAUCACCGAUGAAAGAUUAAAAAAACUCAACAAGCAACGGGGUGAUUUGUCGAAGCUCAUUGCUGAAUUCGUCUAA